GGACAUCAAAGCGCAAGCAUAGAUGAUAGAUGGAUAGAUACAUGCCAUAAAAAUAAACAAGAAAAUGGAGAGAGAAAGAGCAUUGAAACGGCAAGAAAGAAGGUAUUUCCAAAAUUGCGUGAAGGCAGAAAAGCAAGGCAAAGGCUGUAUGGUAUUCUCGAUUCAAAUACAUUCACACAUGGAAAGUUUGAACUUGCCAUUAUUAUUAAUCUCUCCCUUCUCGUUUCCUUUCCGUUCUCCUCGUCUUCCUAACUCUUCUAUAAGACUCUUCUUCUAGCACUUGCCGCCGCUCCGUCUCUUCUCUUCGCCUCUUCUUUCUCGCGACUCGGCUGCUCGUUCAUUCCGCUCAGGCAGCUAGGAUUUGCAUUUCCGAGAGCUCAGUUUUAAUAUGAGCAGCUCAGGACCUCGGGAAGGCCAAGAGGCUGCUAGAGAUUUUCAAAAUCAGCAAAUCGUGGUUUUUGACUUGGACCUCAACCUUCCUCUUCUUGAGGAGAGCCUGGAUGCAGCAGCUCAAGGAUCAGCCCUUGGUAAUGAAAAUUUGCAGUUGCAGAUAGGUGAUGCUGAACUUGAUGAUGUUGUUAUAAUAUCCCCAAGAAAAUUUGAAGAAGCCAAGAGCAAUUCUCGAAGAAAAAAUGCUUGUCAAAGUUAUGCGGUUAUACAAGUGUUUGAUGAAUAUAGAGGAAACAUUUCAGAAGUGACAGCUGAUGCGGUUUGUCACUCUAUUAGUGACAACAGACACGAAAAUCCACAAAACCAAGCAGUUGUGGACUGUGAGCUGCACCUAGGUGUGAAAGACAGUAGGGUAGCCAAGGUGCUGUCUCCGCGUGAGGUGCUGCCCGAGGAACCCACCUUCAGCUGCACAAUUUGCAUGGGCCAGCUGAUUGAAGAGACAUCAACUAAGUGUGGCCACAUUUUCUGCAAGAAGUGCAUUCAGGCAGCCAUAGCUGCUCAACACAAAUGUCCCACCUGCAGGCGUAAACUCAGAAAGUCUGACAUGUUUAGGGUUUACCUUCCAACAGCUAACUAGUGAAUUCUCUUUCAUAGGAAGAUUUACACAGCUUAUGAUUAGAAACCCAAUUCAUAGUAAAGUAUGAUUAUUAUUGCUGCAUUUGGUGUUGGCCAAAAAAGGGGAGGGGGGAAAGACUGCGUUUAGUUACAGGAAAGCGGACUAUAGUAUACGUACGCAAAUUCAAUGGCCGGAUGUAAAUGGGAAGCUGAUGAUCAAGAUUUCUGAUUUGAUUCUCUUGUUGCACAACGCAUUCUGGUAAUCAAGUGAUUGAAAUUUUCUGAGGUC